AUGUCUUCGGAGUGUUCUAAAUGCCAUGAGCAUUUAACUCACCUAGAAGACGUACUUCUAUGCAGUAUAUGCAACGGUCAGAUUCACUUUUAUUGCAAUGGAAUCUCCGAAUCAAAUUUUAAAAAAAUGUCGAAAACCAACAAAUCACGCUUUACAUGUAUGAACUGCCAAACUAACAGAAACGCCAAAACCACUACAGAACCGACCAAUAAAUUAGAAGAUAAGAUAGAAGAAUUAAUUAAUUCAAUAAGUUUUAUGAGUCAACAGUUUCAUGAUUUUGAGAGCAAGCUCCAAACAAUGUUCAAAGAUAUAAAAUUAAUUAAAAUAGAAAAUGAGCAAAUCAAGACAGAAAAUAUCAAACUAUCCAAAGAAAUAAGUGAAAUUAAGCUAAAAAUUGAUAUUCUUGAACAACAAAAUCUUGAAACCAGUGUUGAGAUAAUAGGAAUACCUAAAACUGAAAACGAAAACUGCAUAAAUAUAGUAAAAGAAAUAGGAAAAAAACUAAAUAUUGACAUUCCUGUCGUAGAAGCUAAAAGAAUAACCGCAGAAAAGUCUAAACUUAAUAUAAUUAUUGCGAAACUAGAAACAAAAGAAUUAAAAAAUCAAUUAAUCCGCAAUUCGAAAAAUACUAAACUAAACGCCAAUAUGCUAGUCAAAAACUGGCCAACCGAAAACAAAAUAUUCAUCAACGAACAUCUCACAAGAGAUAAAAGAAUACUCUUCGCUAAGACUAGAUCAACCGCCAAAGAGAAGAAUUACAAAUUUACAUGGAUAUCCAACGCAGAAAUUCUAACUAGAAAAGACGAGAACGCAAGAAUCAUCCGUAUUAGAACCAACAGUGAUUUAGAAAAGAUGUAA